GGGGCUAGUUCUUGACUCAUUCAAACUUUUUUGUAAACACUGGUUUGGUUUUAUUGCGUAAAGACGCGUUUCUGUGUCGGUGAGUAAUCAAGAAGGUAGUGAAGGAUACCGAUACUCAACUGGACCGGGUAGUUGCGGUAUUUGUUUUUAGUUUAACGCCAAUUUCAGACGUUGUUUUUACGGUGAAUACGAGCUAACUCCGGGGCCAUUGCUCAGCGCUGGAUGGGCGUGUAGGAGUUAGCAAACACGUUAACUUUUUUAGGAUGUUAGCGGAGAUUUAAGCGUUCCUGUAGUUUUUGGGCACUUUUUUGAAUCCAUACCUUUCUUUUAAGGUAGCUGGAAGUUGGCUAGACUUGUGUGUUUUUUGCGAGAAACGCCACUGCAACCGUAGUGGGCUCCAACCGCGUGAUUUUCUCUUCUCGACGAAGCCGGGGUUUAAAUGAAAAUGUCGAGCUACAGUCGCCAUCGGCACGGAUCCGCCUCCCCGAAAACUCGACCGAUUCGUCAAAAAUUACAGUUCGCAUCCAGCGACGGGGAAGACGACCUCAUUGAGGACGUUAACAACAGCACCGGUGGAGAGUCUGGCUUCACGGAGAUGGACUCUCCGAUGCCACUGCGACGGGACACCACCGACAAACGGCUGGACGGGAGUAGCAGCCCCCUGAACCAGUCCGGCGGAGACGACGACGUGGAGCUGUGGGACGAGGAGGGCUUCGGUUCACCGUCUCACAUGCGGUCCCCGAGCAGUGUCCUCUUCGCCAACUGCUCACCGUCGCCGAGGAAGAGCUCUCGGCUGCACGGGGGGUCACCGGAGCGGUCCUACGUCCAGGACGACGGGGAAGGAUCCAGCUCCCCGAUCCCCGACUGCCCUGACACACCUCCGCACAAAACGUUCAGAAAACUUCGGCUUUUUGACACACCACACACACCAAAGAGUUUGUUGUCCAGAGCCAGGGGCUCCGGCCUGGGAUCCUCCAGCAGGAGAGUUGCCCUGUUCAAGAAUGUGGAGCCUUCAAGAAAGUCAAUCACAGACAGCAGCAGGAGACAGCAGACCCCUCUGGUCAACUUUAACCCAUUCACCCCCGACUCCCUCCUCAUCCAGUCUGCCACGCAGCAGAGAAACAACAGGAAGCGGGCGCACUGGAAUGACUCUUGUGGAGAAGACAUGGAGGCAAGUGACGGUGAAGGAGAGGAGGAAAUCCUCCCCCCAUCCAAGAGGAUCACCAUGAUGGAAAGCAACAUGAUGUCCCGGUACGCCUCAGAGUUCCUUGAGCUGGAGAAGAUUGGUUGCGGGGAGUUUGGUGCUGUGUUCAAAUGUGUGAAAAGACUUGAUGGCUGCAUCUACGCCAUCAAGAGGUCAAAGAAACCUUUGGCAGGAUCAGUAGAUGAACAGAACGCCUUACGGGAGGUGUAUGCCCAUGCUGUGCUGGGCCAGCAUCCUCACGUGGUACGCUACUACUCAGCCUGGGCCGAGGACGACCACAUGCUCAUCCAGAACGAGUACUGUAACGGAGGCACGCUGUCCGACGUUAUCACAGAGAACUACAGAAGGUUCAGCUACCUGUCGGAGCUGGAGCUGAAAGAUCUGCUGCUGCAAGUCACACGGGGACUAAAGUACAUUCACUCUACAUCUCUGGUGCACAUGGAUAUCAAGCCCAGCAACAUCUUUAUUUCACGGAAAUCCGUCGCAAGCUGUGAUGAAUGUGAUGACGAUGACGGUCUGACCACCAGCGUUGUCUACAAAAUCGGUGAUCUCGGUCAUGUAACAAGAGUGAACAAUCCACAAGUGGAGGAGGGUGACAGCAGAUACCUGGCCAAUGAAGUUUUACAAGAGGACUACUCUAACUUGAUGAAGGCAGACAUCUUUGCUCUGGCUCUGACUGUGGUCAGCGCCUCAGGGGCCGAGCCUCUUCCCACAAAUGGAGACAAAUGGCACGAGAUCCGACAGGGAAAGCUUCCCGCCAUCCCUCAAGUGCUUUCUCCGGAGUUCCUCAGUCUCCUCAAGCUGAUGAUCCACCCUGACCCAACUGCACGGCCAUCAACUUCAGAUCUCAUCAAACAUCCGGUGCUUCUCACGGCUGCUAGAAUGAGCGCAGAUCAGCUCCGAGUUGAACUCGACGCAGAGAAGUCCAAGAACGCCCAGCUACAAAAGGAGCUGAAGAAGGAGCAGCUGGCCAGGGCAGCAGCAGAGGAGAGAGUUUUGUCCACCGACAGGAUCCAGACACGCUCCACAGUCCAGUCCAGCUCGAGAACCUCCAGACUCAUCGGUAAGAAGAUGAAUCGGUCGGUCAGCCUCACCAUCUACUGAGACUUUAAUGCACCCUGACAGGAAGUUAGCUCACGGACCUUUACUCAGACCUGUUCAGUUGAAACGGUCGUGUGUUUUUCUUUUCGAGGAGAAUCCUGUCAGUUAUGGGGCUCUUUGGCCCAGUUGAAGCUGUAGACUGUUGCCACACCAAACUUGAACUCAUCUCGAUAGACUCUCAUUGCCAACAUAGUUCAGCCCUUUUGCCGAUGGACUUUACUUUCGGGGAAAAAAACCCUCAUUGCUCAAAGGUAGUUGCGAUACCUUUUACAUUCUGUCAUUCCUUAAGUUUGUAUAGACGUCAGGCUCUUUCUCCGUCUCUGUCCUUGCACUUCCCUCGACAAAGCCGAAGCCUCUUGGCAGCGGAUCAAAGUUGCAGUGAAGCUCUCUUCAGUGUGAAUGUACUUGCCGUCGCCGUGUGCACCUUACUGCCUGUCAAAUGCCUAAUGCUGGGUCCCAGAGGGUCUGAGAACUGACAAUUUCUGUGUUUGUAAUGGAGCACUUUGGAGGCAACAUGUGGAACUUGCCACAUUAUUAUUAAUUUUUUUUUUUUAAGAAAAAAAAAAGAUAAAACCUGCUGCUAUUGAUGUUUUGUAUGUAUCAGGGUUUGGCCAGUUUCAGGUUGGAUCAUUCUAAAGGUCAUUGGCUCUUAUUUUCAAGUAGCAGGAGUCCAUCCAUCCACACACAUCCCCCAAUUAAAUGUCUUAUUUUCUGCUCUGGAUGGAGAGUGGUUCACACCAUUUCAGAAAAAUCACCCAGCUUGUUUGAGGCCAAAACCAGAGAGCUAAGUCAUCAUCUGUGGGGUUAGAAUGGAUCCAUAAUGUUUUGAUUUUCCCUGCCAAUUGGUGCUGCCAACCCUGCCUGUAGCAUUAGAACAAUCAUCGUCCCGUUCUUUGGAUUCUCAUGUUCUGGAACUUUUUUUUUUCCCUCCUGCUGUCAUUUCCACGAGGCUCGUCUUCAGUUAGAAAAGUAUUCCUCAUCUCUGUUUUCUAACAUCUAACACAAAAAACCUGUUGUAACAUGUACAUAUGUUCUUUUAAUAAAUUCUCACCU